AUGGAUCCGCCCGAGCACACACGUCACCGAGCAAUGGUCGAACAAGAUUUCACAGCUGAGAAGGCAAAAUCAAUGCGACCCGGCAUCCAGCAGAUUGUCGACAAGGUCAUCGAUGAGAUGACUGCUCAGCCACAACCGGUUGACUUAAUUGUCUCAUUUUCAAUGCCAGUGCCCACGUUGGUCAUCUAUCAAAUGCUGGGUGUCCCCUACGAAGAUCACGAGUUCUUGGAGAACUGCAAUAGUAUCCGCACAAAUGGUAGCGCAACAUCCGCCGAAUCGGCGGCCGCAAGCAAAGAUCUUAUGGACUACCUUGGGAGCCUGGUGGAUAAAAAAGAGAAGGAGCCGAGCGACGACAUAAUCAGUCGCCUCGUGAAGGAGCAAGUCCAAACCGGAAAACUGACUCGCGAUGAACUCGUCGCCAUGGCGUUUCUCCUUCUGCUGCGUCAAGAUCCAUCUCUCAUCAAAGGUGCAGUGGACGAAAUACUACGUUAUCUCACGGGUUCACAGUUUGCCACGCGUCGAGUGGCCAUUGAGGAUGUGGAAGUGGGUGGUCAGACAAUCAAGAAGGGCGAAGGGGUCUGGGCUUUGAAUGCGUCGGCCAACGAGGACGGAUCUGUUUUCCCGGAUCCAACUCGUUUCGACAUCCACCGUCGGCCAAAUCCUCAUCUCGCCUUCGGCGAUGGUAUUCACAUAUGCAUUGCUGAGCAUUUAGCACGCGUCGAGGUUGAAAUUGCCAUUGCCACUCUCAUCCUUCGUUUUCCCAACCUUCAGCUGGCUGUUUCAGAUGACAACGUGCAAUACGUCACAGAUCCUGCACGCGAUUUUGGUGUCAAGACACUGCCCGUAAAAUGGUGA